CUUGGAGCGUCUUCUUUCCCGAGUGCCCCUUCAUCUUUCCCAGCCCGCUCCUCUCUCCUACCUGCAGCCUUUCUUUCUUCCUCCACUCCUUCUACCUUUUUUCUGCUUGUCGCCCCCUUCUCUUACCAUUUUCUGGUUCUAAGGGUUUUUUUAAAUUUCCUUCUCUUUCUUCUUCCUCCAUCCUGUUCCCUUUUGGACCAUCUUCAUUUAGUGCCUCUUAAUUUCUUGAUUUCUUCCGAUUUUUUUCCCUUGGACUUUGCCUUGUCAUGUCAAGAUGGAAGUCAGGCAUGACUGGCUCUCCUCAUCCCCCCAUGAAGGCUUCGAGCAGAUGAGGCUGAAGAGCAGACCCAGGGAGCCUUCCCCAAGCCUCACCAGAGUAGGUGCGAACUUCUACAGCACUGUCAAGCAGCAGGACUACAGUGCCAGUGUCUGGCUGAGGAGGAAAGACAAACUGGAGCACUCCCAGCAAAGAUGCAUUGUGAUCUUUGCACUGGUAUGCUGCUUUGCAAUUCUGGUUGCACUGAUAUUUUCGGCAGUGGAUAUUAUGGGAGAAGAUGAGGAUGGACUCUCAGAAAAGAACUGUCAAAAUAACUGUCGGUAAGAGGGUUGCUCUUGUGGAAAAUAUUCCUGAAGGGAUCAACUAUUCAGACAGUGCACCAUCCCAUUUGUCUCUUUUCCAAGGCUGGAUGAAUUUGCUUAAUAUGGCUGAAAAGUCUGUUGACAUAGUAUCUUCCCAGUGGGACCUCAAUCACAGCCAUCCAUCAGCAUGCCAGGGUCAGCGUCUUUUUGAAAAAUUGCUUGAACUGGCAUCCCGAAAUAUUGAGAUAAAACUAGUGAGUGAUAAACUGCCCGUGGAAUCAAAGGUAUUAAACGACUUGAAAACAAAGGGUGCUGAAGUGCUGUAUAUGAACAUGUCAGCAUAUAAUGAAGGUCGGCUUCAGUCAUCGUUCUGGAUUGUUGAUAAACAGCACGUAUACAUUGGCAGUGCCAGCCUAGACUGGAGAUCAUUGGGACAGAUGAAGGAACUUGGCGUCAUCGUAUACAACUGUAGCUGCCUGGUCCUGGAUUUGCAAAGGAUAUUUGCCCUGUAUAGCUCAUUAAGGUACAAGAACAAAAUACCUCCAAGUUGGUCUAAGAGACUCUAUGGAGUGUAUGAUACUCAAAACAAACUGACACUGCAGCUGAACGAGACAAAAUCAGAAGCUUUUGUGUCGAACUCACCUAAACUCUUCUGCCCCAAGGACAGAGUCUUGGAUAUUGAAGCUAUCUACAGUGUUAUUGAUGAUGCCAAACAGUUUGUGUACAUUGCUGUCAUGGACUACUUGCCCAUUGUCAUCGACACCAACGCUAAACGGUACUGGCCAUAUUUAGAUGGGAAGAUAAGAGAAGCAUUAGUUUUACGAAGUAUUAAAGUACGACUUCUCAUAAGUUUCUCAAGAGACACAGAUCCCCUUACUUUUAACUUUGUUUCAUCUCUGAAAGCUAUUUGCACUGAAGUUCCAAGCUGUAGUUUGAAAGUUAAAUUCUUUGACCUUGAGGAAGAGAGUGCCUGCUUUCUUAAAGAACAGAAGAACACUUCUCUUCCCAAAUUGAAUCGUAACAAAUACAUGGUGACUGAUGGAGCUGCUUAUAUUGGUAAUUUUGAUUGGGUGGGAAAUGCUUUUACACAGAAUGCUGGAGCUGGCCUUGUUAUCAACCAAGCGGACGCGGGGAACAGCACAAGCAUCAUUAAGCAACUCAAGGCUGUUUUUGAAAGGGACUGGUAUUCACAUUAUGCCAAAAGUUUACAACCAACAAAAAUCCCAAACUGCUUUAACCACAAACUCAAUAAAGGAACUUCAAAUAAGACUGCCAUGAGCAAUGUGAAUUAGAAAGACUAUUUUACCGUUUAGUACGACAAUGAAGAAUUAUGUUGGGGUGUAGCCUUCUUUCAUAUUUACAGACAAAAGACUUAAAAAGAAAA